AUGGUACAAAAGGAAAAGAUAAAAUUUAAUGGUCAAGAAUGUUUUGAUAACCACAAAAGUUCUAGUUCAACUACAAUAAGUAUUUGCGAACUAAUACAUAAAUGUUUCAAAUGUUUAAAGGUCUACAAAAAAGAUAAACAGCACAUUUGUGAUUCGUUAAAUUAUUUUCCAAUGGCUUUGUCGAAAUUACCAAAAGCUUUUGAUCUACAAUUUAAUAUGAAGAAAGGGUAUUUUCCGCAUCUUUUUAACACAGCGAAAAAUGAAAAUUAUAUUGUGCAAUUACCCUCUGUAGAAUAUUACAAUCCAAACGACAUGAAAGUAGAUGAGCAAAUGAUUGAAUACUGUGUCAAUGACGUUACCAUUUUAACACAAUCUUGUUUAAAAUUCAGAGAAAUGUUCUUGAAGCAGUGUAAUGUUGAACCAUUUCUAGAAGCAACAACAAUUGCAUCUGCAUGCAAUCUUGCAUUUAGAAGAAAUUUUUUAAAAGAGGACACAAUUAGAUUAAUUCCUAAACAUGGAUACAGAAACUCAGACAAUCAAUCAAAAAUGGCUAUUCAAUGGUUAGUAUGGGAAGAAGAAAAAAGAAAUAUUAACAUCAGACAUACAACAAAACAGAAAGAAUCAUUUGUUAACGGUAUAAAAGUGGACGGUUUUUGUUCAGAAACUAAUCAAGUUUUUGGAUUUUACAGUUGUUAUUAUCAUGGACACCCUACUUGUAUACCACAUAACCGAAAUAACAGUUUGCAAGACGAUUCAAAUGAUACAAUGAACACGAGGUAUGAAAGAACUAUUAAAAAAGCUGAAAGAUUACGAAAAUUAGGUUACGAUGUUAUUGAAAUGUGGCAAUGUGAAUUUAAUUCAUUAAUUAGUAAAGAAGAAGCAAGUUAUUUAAAAAAUCAUCCGUUAGUGCAACAUGCACCAUUGAAUCCUCGAGAUGCUUUUUAUGGAGGACGAACAGGAAAUGUCUACAACUAUUAUAAAUGUAAAGAGGAAGAAAAAAUAAAAUAUAUAGACAUUUGCUCGUUAUACGCUUGGGUUUGCAAGUACGGAAAAUUUCCUAUUGGUCACCCGCAAAUUUAUGUCGGGGAAAGUAUUUGUUCUACUCUAAAACUAAAUAACAUGGACCGAAUUCUUAAAUGUAAAAUUUUACCACCAACGAACUUACUACAUCCCGUUCUCCCACUAAAACAAAACAACAAGUUAAUGUUUUCAUUAUGUCGAAGUUGUAGUGAAGAAAAAUGGCUUGAAGAAUGUUGUCCACAUUCAGACGAGGAAAGAGCUUUAAUAGGAACAUAG